GCUCGCUCACUCUCUCCAUGGGAGUUUGAAAACAAAGCAGGGGUGAACAAGCGAAAGAGCGCGUGUGCUGUCUGAAUUUAAGGGCUGUGUCAACACGAACUGACUGAACAGGGAAAAAACUCAGGUUUUCACCUGAGAAAAGAACACUGCAGAACCGCAAGAUCUUACAUGAACAGACUAAUUUAGACACUUGAAGAAGACGUGCAAGGCACCGACAAAAAUAGCCUAACCUAGAGCAGGCUGACAUGCUGGAAUAACCCUGAUGACGGGUAAUCUGAUUAGCGCGCCAAGACGUGUUGUGUUUGUGUGCGGUCUGUUCCCGAGACGCCGGCGGAGAUUCACUGACUGAACUGCCCAACAGUAGGCUACAUCCCCUCCUCGGGCGUCGGUGCGCAUUUUGUAUGCCGGUGGUUGCACCUGACCAUGGUGACGUACGGACAAGCCGCCGUUUUUGUUCUGCUCUCAUGGAUGCUUCAAUGCUCAAGUCCGUCGCCUUUUCCUUCUUCACAAGUGAUAAAGGAAUGGGUGGACCAGAUGCAGCAGGACCUGGUGUCUCUGGCGGAUUCUGCCAGUGGGGGAAAGAGUCUCGCUCAGAUUUUUCUGGAUAAUCGCCAUCACUUCACCGUGGAGUCGAACAACGCGGCACAGCUGGUGGCCAGCGCUGCCCGGAACAUUGAAAGCCUUUUGCUGAAGAGGUCCAGGGCUCUUGAGGCUCUUGCCACUGCAGCGGAGAACUUUCAGGAGGAACAUCAGUGGAAGGAUGACCUUCAGGCGGGUGAAAUAGUUUACUACAACGCCAAGGAAAAUAUCAAUGGUAAUGACACUGAUAAAGAAAAGAAAAAUCGGAUCAGGCCGGAUUUCAAAGAGGAUGUGCAAUUCAGACGGGUAAUCUCCUACAACCUCUCUGCAGUACAUAUCCCUACGGACAUAUACGAUGGCUCUACCAUUGUGCUGAACGAGCUAAAUUGGACAGAAGCUCUGGAGGAUGUGUUUAGGAAAAAUAAGGAAGAGGACCCCACUCUACUCUGGCAGGUGUUUGGUAGCGCCACAGGGCUCGCACGCUAUUAUCCAGCCUCACCGUGGAUGGAUGCACGGAAGACCCCCAACAAGAUAGACCUGUACGAUGUUCGUCGCCGACCAUGGUAUAUUCAGGGAGCUGCUUCACCCAAGGACAUGUUGAUUCUGGUUGAUGCGAGUGGAAGUGUAUCUGGCUUGACCCUCAAGCUCAUCCGAACCUCCGUGAGUGAGAUGCUGGAGACCCUGUCCGAUGAUGACUACGUCAACGUGGUCUAUUUCAACACAAAUGUGAACAACACGGCUUGCUUCGAUCGCCUGGUCCAAGCCAAUGUACGCAACAAGAAGAUUCUGAAGGAUGCUGUUCAGAAUAUUUCAGCUAAAGGCAUCACAAACUACACCAAAGGCUUCGAGUUUGCUUUUGAUCAGCUUUCUCGGGAAAACAUCUCCAGGGCAAAUUGCAACAAGAUCAUCAUGCUGUUUACCGAUGGAGGAGAGGAGCGAGCUAAGGAAAUCUUUGAGCGGUACAAUCCUGACAAGAAGGUCAGAGUGUUUACAUUCUCAGUGGGGCAACACAACUACGACACCAGACCUAUCCAGUGGAUGGCCUGUAAUAACAAAGGAUACUUCUUUGAGAUCCCAUCCAUCGGAGCAAUCCGAAUCAACACUCAGGAAUAUUUGGAUGUCCUCGGCAGGCCUAUGGUUCUUGCAGAUGAGCAAGCCAAGCAGGUGCAAUGGACUAAUGUCUACCUCGAUGCACUGGAGCUUGGUCUGGUCAUCACUGGAACUCUUCCUGUCUUCAACAAGACCCGGUCCAAACAGGACGGCUCGCAAAACCAGCAAAAUCAGCUGAUCCUGGGAGUGAUGGGUGUGGACGUGUCUCUGGCUGACAUCAAGAGACUCACGCCUCGCUUCACUAUCGGCCCUAAUGGAUACUACUUUGCCAUCGAUCCCAACGGAUACGUGCUGCUGCAUCCCAACCUGCAGCCUAAGAACCCAAAAUUCCAGGAGCCGGUCACCUUGGACUUCCUUGAUGCGGAGCUAGAAAAUUCCAACAAAGUGGAGAUCAGGAAACAGAUGAUUGAUGGGGAGACGGGAGAAAUGACCAUAGAGACACUGGUGAAGUCAUUUGAUGAGAGGUACAUCGACCGAGGCGUGAGGACAUAUACCUGGGCACCUGUCAACGGCACUGACUACAGCCUUGCCAUUGUGUUACCUGAGUACAGCCGUCAUUACAUCCAAGCCAAUCUGGGAGACACUAUUCAGCAGGCUAAAUGGGACAAGGUUUUAGAAACAAUGCAGGCGGAGAAAUUUGAGGAAUAUGGCUAUACCUUCAUAGCACCCAGGGAAUACUGCAAGGACCUGAAGCUCCGAGACAACAACACCAAGUUCCUGCUGGACUUCAACGAGUUCAUUGAUAGGAGGACCCCAAGUGACCCCACGUGUAAUGCAACUUUGGUGAACAGACUACUUCUGGAUGCUGGGCUUACGGCAGAGCUUGUUAAAUUAUGGAAAGAACAGACUGUAGAUGGCGUGUUGGCCCAGUUUGUGGCCACAGAUGGCGGGAUCACUCGAGUCUACCCAAAGAGUGCUGGCGAAGAUUGGAUUGAAAAUCCGGAGACCUACGAGUCCAGCUUUUACAAGCGCAGUCUGGACAAUGACAUAUACAUAUUCACUGCUCCAGAUCCAAAUAGUGUAGAGAACAAGGACUCCAGCUAUGAGACCGGCGUUCUGGUCAGCAAGGUGGUCGACGUAAACAUCGACGGCGUGAUCCUCAAGCCCGCAGUGGUGGGGGUGAAGUUGAACGUUUCAGCUUGGAUGAACAUCUUUAUUAACGCCACCCUUAAGAAAGAUUGCAAAGAAGAAAUAUGUGGCUGCCUAAGGAACGAUAAGGAAGUGGACUGUGUGCUACUGGAUGACGGAGGCUUCUUGCUCAUGUCCAAUCAGGAUGAGUACAUUAGUCAGAUUGGUCAGUUCUUCGGGGAGGUGGACCCCGUGCUGAUGAUUAGUUUAGUUAACAAGUCCCUUUACUCCUUAAACAAAACCUACGACUACCAGUCCAUCUGCGACCCCGAGAAAGAGAGCAAGGCUGCCGCAGGGGUCAGAUCUGUCUUUGUGCCCACUAUCGCUGACAUAUUGAACUUAGGAUGGUGGGCCUCUGCCGCUGCCUGGUCCAUCCUGCAGCAGUUAUUCCUCAGCCUGACACUGCCAAGUACCUCCUCUGCAUAUUCAGAGGAGGAGCUGACUGCUGAAGCCUUCUCCAAAGAGAGCUGCAUCACUGAACAGACUCAGUACUUCUUUGAGAACGGCAACGACACGUUCAGCGGCUCCCUAGACUGUGUAAACUGCACCAGGCUGUACAUGGCGAAGAAGCUGCCGAACACUAACCUGGUGUUCCUCAUCUCGGACGCGCGGAGCACCUGUCUGUCCUGCGACACCAAGCCCCUGCGGCAGGCCGAGCAGCCCUCUUCUGGACCGGACCAGUGUGAGCUGGCUCUGAACCCACGCUAUCGAAAAGGACCAGAGGUCUGUUUCGACAACAACGCUGAUGAGGAUGCCUCUGACUGUGGUGGAGCCAACAGUCUCAUCCCUUCCCUCUGGCCUAUGCUGGGACUGCAACUGCUGUUGCUUUGGCUGCUCACAAUGCCUACAGCCUACUCAUCCUGACCCUAACACACACACACACACACACACACACACACACACUGAUGAAGAUAAUGUCAUCAUCUUGGGCAUACCGGACAUCGGCCCUUGCCGAAAAAUUCCGCUGAAGUCCUAGCUAACUUCAGUCUUCACUACAAUCUUAAUCAACUGGUCCAAACUGGUGCUUACUGGUUGGCAUAGCUAAGUACCAGUUUUUGCUGGUUAUCACUGCCCUUUAAUGGUUCUACAUCAUGCAAUUAUUUGUUUGUCUUUGAAUUCAGUUUCUCGUUGAAAAUGAUUGUAAGAGGUCUAAUGUAUGUAGUCUGUUCUACUGCCAGUCCAUUCAUUCUUUUAACCGAUCCAGCACUAGAGGUGAAAAAAAAAUACUACGGGAGUUUCACCCUCUAAAGAACGCAUGCAUUUGUGAAGUAGAGGUGAAAUUGGGAGAAUAUAAUUCCUGUGAGCCUUGUUCUAAAGACUAAAAUUAGGUAUAGAUAUUAGAUAUUGAAGUAAAAACCUUUGAAAACAAAAAAACAAACAUCAGCAAGCAGAGACAAAAUUUGCUAUUGGUGUCAGGAAUGACCAGGGAUUGUAAAUGUAAAACCCUUAAUAAGAAGAAAAUUCACUCUUCUCUUGUAGGAUGCUGUUUUUAAACCAGUGAAAGUGGUACUCUGCAUUAAUUGCAACUGGUGUUACUAUUUGCCAAAUGAUUUCUAUUCCAGGAAAUGAUAUGCCAACUCCUUGAAUCAUCGCCUAACGGCAGCAGCCUAAGAUUGGUGCUGGCUACUUUGUGCAAACUGUAAAAUUUGAUUUUUAAGUUCUUGUCACAUCUGCACAAAAAAACUGAUCUGGCUGCCCUUAUCAGAAAUCCAACAGUCCCUUGAUCUGUGAAUGUUUUUCACAUCUGAGUUGAGAGGCUACGCUCUUUCAUUAUUCAGUGAUCUCAAUUGGACAAGACAGCAGAAUUCUCUGUCUUUUUUGAAAACACACUGCCAGCUACCACAAUUACAUGGGAAGCCCCAGAGAUUUCACCCUGCCCCAUAGCUCUGGUUUUGUCAAAUACACAGAAGAUGGCUCAUUAGUUAAGUUGAGCUUGCCAUACAUGUAUUUAGUUGUUUGCAUGUGUUUGUGUAUGAACAUGUUUACUCAGCUGAAUCUUUGACUGGCCAAAGUAGGCAGCAGCUGAUGCCAAGGUUUUCCUAAUUUUUUUAUACAUGUUGGCAUUCAUAAAGGAUUUAUUUGAUGUCACAGUCUAGACCCAAAAGGCAAAAAGGCUAACAUUGUGUAAUAUGACAACACUUUAUUUUGAUGGGCCGAAUCAACAGCAAACUUUUUUAGCAUACUUGUCAACUGAGUGUAACCCUGAGUACCAUAUACAGUACGUCGUCUGUGAACUAACCUCAACCAUAACCUGACAUAACGCUAACUACAAAUUGAGAUCUGUAUUCUUCAGUGAUGGCAGUGUGAGCAAAUGGUGUGUUGAUCCUUUUUGGUGGGCCAUCCAAAUAAAGUGGCACCAGUGACAUAUUUAGUGAUCUUUAAAAAAAAAAAAAAAAAAACUAUUCCAGGAUCCAGGAGAGAGUUGAUUGUGUUUGACUGUUAGCUCAAAGCAGGAAGGCAUCCCCUCUCACUGAUGGAGUAGCAUCUUAUAGUGAACCUGCAAAGUGCAGUACCUACCUUGCUUUGUCUUAAAUACCUCAGACUGUGGAGGAUUGCAUUUAAGGGUGAGCCACAAUAGUUUCCCGUCUACAAUAUGCUCGGGAGUUCUUUCAAGGAGCUUUAUGUAGUUUUACUACCAGGGGAAACAAAAAAGAUAUUAAUGAUUUAACUGACCUUGCUGGAACUUACCAUGCUACCAAACCCCGUGGCAUGGUCAGGAGUUGUGGCUCAGACUUGAAGGCCGUCAUCUGUCUGUGAUACAAAGUAGCCUGUUUAACUGCUGUUGUAUAUCACACCUGCAACGACAACAAAUGUUUAUGACAUUAUGAUUGUGUUUGAAGACGACUAUAUACCUGCAACUUCAACCACUUGUGAGUGCCUGAGCAUUUUAUUCCCAGGCCAGCUUAACAGAUUCAAUUAUCUGAUGGAUGUACACACUGGCAAACUGGAUCUCUUUUUUGUAUUUUUUUCACUCUUGAGCUUAAGUCCUAUUUCACAUGUGCACUCUUGUUUAUCACCUGAAAACAAAAGAAACCUUGUCAAAGGUUCAGUUAUGUAGUGUUGACAUUUGGCCUCCACAAUGCAGUAUUUCCAGAGUGACCUCUGUCAUAAUGAAAAAAAAAUGAAGAAAGGAAAUAUUCUUGUUUUGUCCGAAAGGUUCAUAAUUGCCAGAAACAUCCUGAAUGACAGCAUAUCAGAAAUCAUUAUUGGUCGUUCGGUUGAUUGAUUGAUUGAUUGAUUUAUUGAUUGAUUGAUCUGUGUCGCAGCUGCUGCCCUGCCCUAUACUGUUCUGUUCUUUCCUUUUCUCUCUGUGGGGAUGCCAUGUAGCGUUGUUACUGGAAGUGUUGUAGGUGUCGAUGGUGCUUUUCAAAUCUUGUUUUCAUCUGCUGUCGCCGAGGCUCCUGGUUGAUGCUGCCCUCGCCAGUGUUUAAAAAAAAAAAAAAAAAAAAAAAACAGAGUCGCUCAGUUUCGUGUGUUAAGCGUGAGGGUGGGUGUGUGUUGGGACCGUACGGGUUGGGUUGGGUUGGGUUCAGGAACCAUCUUUGGUUCUGCGCUCUGAUUGUGCUUUACUCUUAAUUACUCUUUUUUGUGGAACUUGACAAGCCUGAACUGAUUUUGUAUGAA